UCCAAAGCAUUAAUAUCUCGCCCCCCUCGUCCGCUACAGAAAGCCAGGAUGGUUAAGGGAUGGGUGACUCCCACCCACUCAUUCUCUCAAUCAUAACACCACCCAACCCCUUUCUCUCUCUUCCUUUCCUCUCCUCUCUCACACAAAUCCAUAUGCUACCACAAUACAAAAGGAAGAGAAAAAUAAAAAAAAUCUAGUAAUAAAAUUACCCACUUUCCUUCCACUCUCUCCACCCCCACUUCACUACUCUCUUUCUCUCUCCCCCGACCAGACUAGUCCUAUCAGAUUUUUUGUACACUUCUCAAAUCUCUCUGUCUUAAAAAUUUUUACUUACAAAAUAGAAAAGAAAAACAAUAAUUUUCUUUUUUGUCGUCCUAGCUCCCUUUGUUCUUAUUCCUGUUCCUCUUCAUCAAUUCUUCAACCUUGAUCCACACUAUUUGUAUUUCUUUCUCUUCCUUGUUCUAGGGGAAUAUAAACUUACAAGACUGUUUUAAAAAAGAGAGAAGCAUAGAAAAAAUGUCACUGGACUUGGCAUCUGAACGUGUUUGUUAUGUUCACUGCAACUUCUGCAACACCAUUUUAGCGGUCAGUGUUCCAUGCACCAGUUUGUUCAACAUCGUGACUGUUAGAUGUGGGCAUUGUGCCAAUCUGCUGUCCGUAAAUAUGGGAACUUCACUUCAAACAGUUCCCAUUCAAGAUGCUCAGAAGCAGCAGAUAAACACUGAUCAGGAUCAUUCAAAUAAGGAAUGUGGGUCUUCUUCCAAAUGCAACAAGUUUUCUGCAUUUGAUUCUGCAGAGCAUGAAGCUCCAAGAAUGCCUCCUAUUCGCCCCCCUGAGAAGAGACAACGUGUUCCUUCUGCAUAUAACAGGUUCAUUAAGGAGGAAAUCCAAAGGAUCAAGGCUAGUAAUCCAGACAUCAGCCACAGGGAAGCUUUCAGCACGGCAGCAAAAAAUUGGGCACAUUUUCCUCACAUUCACUUUGGCCUAAAGCUGGAUGGCAACAAGCAAGCCAAACUGGACCAGGCAUUUGCAGAGGGUACUCAAAAGUCUACUGGGUACUACUAAAACACAAUGGCAACCUGUGAGUAGAAGCCAGGCUUGUCAAUCAUCAAUAUAUAUAUAUAUAUAUAUAUAUAUAUAUAUAUAUAUAUG